UCAAGUUUGGUGACUAUUAGGACGAGUUAACUUGUAGUGGGAGGUUGUUAUUUCAUUAAAUAAUGGAUCUUAAACCAUCAUACAUAUUUUAUUCGCAAGAUUCUAUCAAUAAUGUCUUUGAUAAGCGGACAUCACACAAUAGAACUAGAAUUGGAGAAACCUUGGAUGAUGUCUGUGAAGGAAGAUGUCAAUUAUCUUCAAUUCCAACAAUAACGGUGGUAAAACGCGAUGGAAAAUGGGUUACCGCAGACAAUCGACGCUUAUGGGUUUUUCGUGAGCUGGAACGGCUCGGAAAAUGCGACACAAUACCGGUACGUAUAUCUGCAUAUAUACCCGAGGCAAAGCUGACAACAUAUAACGGUGGGACGUCCGUUCGCGUUCGUGGACCUGCAGGAGGGUAUUGGCAUAACAAACCAACACCAUAUAAGCCAACGGUUCAAUCGACAUUGCAAAUAUCCAACAAAGCAUCUGCGUAUCAAUCGGGAUACAAAGUGAAAGAUUUAAGUGAACGUCCAGCUCUUUUCUCCUACCAAGCCCCAUCAGUAUAUAAAGCACCAACGACGAAACCACAAUCGUCUAUACCAACACACAUGACAAAUGCAACAAAAACCAACGUUGCGAUGACUGCUAAAACCAGCCCUGAAAAUUCACCUAAACUUACGAUACGUUCGACUUCAGACAGUUUUCGAACCAACCCUUUAAGUAGUGGUUUGCAAGCGACCUACAAAACCCCGGUCAAAAUAACUCCGAUGAGCUAUUCGUCAUCCAAAUAUCCGAGCUUUUCUGACAUCGGUAAGGCAAAUGAUGAUUAUAGUCAGCGACACACCCACUCUUCACUAUCCCCAAACCGUGAUCACAGCAGCUGUUCAAAGCAAGUCGGUAGUUCAGGGUCGCAUUGCCGGGAUCAGAACAGUUAUUCGAAAGAAAGUGGUCUUUCCGUAUUGCAAGACCGUGUUCCGCAUAGCAAUUAUUCAACGGAAGGCGCUAGUUCAGGAUCGCAAAACUGCGAUCAGCUGAGUAAUUAUUCAAAGCAAGGAAGUCCAUCAAGACCCACGGUCUCUAUGUCAGACUCUUCAGUUGAUCACAACUCCGUUCGUGCAACAGAACAUGCAUCGAAUGCAUCAGAACCACGCUAUGUCAUGCCAACAUACCGAGAAGGCAGCAGGCCUAACUAUGGCGAUUCGAACCAGUCUUGCUGUGGAUGUACAAUUCUAUAAAUGGUAGAUCUUUGAACAUGUUUUGCCAUUUGCAAAAUGUUUUGGGUUGUGUUGGCAAGAUGUCUUAAAGAUUUUCACUAACACAAAUUAUACCAUGGUACAGUCAACUAAAAACAAUGAAUAUUAUUAAGUACAGAAGAGUGUUUUAUGUUUAUGUACGUGCUUGUUUUCCCAAUCUGACCAACUUUUGUCGAAUAUCGAGAUUGUUGAAUGCAUUAACUGUAAAUACUGCUUAAUAAAUUUGUUAUAUUUGCGUUUCGCACGAAA